AUGGGCAAAAACGGCAAUAAUGAGGAUGACAAAAAGGAACAGCCAGAGCCGCUAUUACAGCUGCAACAGCAAGUGCAGCACCUGCGGUUGCAACCGCAACAGCAACCGCAGUCUGAACAGCAACCGCAGGCUGAACAGCUGUUGCAGCUGCAGCAGCUGAUAGAGCAGCAAUCGCUGCAAAUGCAGCGAAACAUGGCGGAAAUCACAGCCCUGCGGCAGCAAGUGCGAGACAUGAAGGGGCAACAUGCUGGGCUUAUGCCGCAGCACCAGCCGCCGCAACCGCACGUGCUGCCGCAGCCUCAGGCUACGCAGCCGCAGCCGUAUGAAUAUCAGCCGCACCAGUCACAAUUAGCCGGGCUCUACGCGCCGGAACAGCCCAGCUUCAAUACAACAAAAUCCGAAGACAAAUGGAAAAAAGUGGAUGUGGUAAGUGAAAUAAGUGAACUUUUGAAUUUUCAUCCCAUUGCUAUAGGGGAUGUUGUAAACAGCACACCAUUACAAGAUUUUUCUGAGAGCAAUGAUAAUAGUUCAGACAUGGUGGCAGAAGAACCCAUUAUGAUGCCUAUGAUUAUUAUUAUGACCAACGUGAACGAUAUUCAGAUCACAGCGCCAGCCGUGAACGGCGUUUAA